GAAGCGGUUCAUCUCGUUCUUGCAAUAACAGCCAACGAGGAGAUCGUUUAUUCAUUGAGAGAAGAACAAGCCAAAAUUCGGAUCUGUAAUCCUCACAAUGCCCUGCUUAUACUUCAUUCCCCAAUAAUAAUGGCAUCGUGUUCUUCUUCUUCUUCUUCUUCUGUUUGAAUCAAGUUUUCCGCGGCUUUAGCAGCAUCUAAGGUCACAUCUGGCCCCCGCGAGGUCCCCACCAAGUCUUUUUUCCUUUUGGCAGGCUAGGCUAUCUUCGUGGAAGGUGGGCUUGGCAUUCAUAUAUGAAGCAGAUGAAGAAGGGUUUGAAAGGAUCCGAUACGAGAAGGAAUAAUUAGAACGCAAAGAAGAUAAGAGCAAAGCAGAAGGAUACUGAAGGGCGAUGGAUCAUCUUGUAGAUGAACACUUUACGAGAGUGCGAUCAAAGAACUCGUCAAGAGAAGCUCUUGAAAAAUGGAGGAAUCUCUGCGGCAUAGUGAAGAACCCCAAACGACGCUUUCGUUUCACCGCCAAUCUCUCAAAGCGAGACGAAGCGGAGGCUAUACGUCGUACCAACCAGGAGAACCUCAGGGUUGCUAUUCUAGUUUCCAAAGCGGCAUUUCAAUUUAUUCAAGGUGUGCCACAAAGUGAUUAUGUUGUACCUGAGGACGUUAAAGCAGAAGGUUUUCAGAUCUGUGCCGAUGAAUUGGGGUCUAUUGUUGAAGGCCAUGAUUUAAAGAAGCUGAAAUGUCAUGGUGGGGUUAGUGGUCUUGCAGGAAAGCUUUCAGCAUCAAUCACUGAUGGGCUUGGCAAUGACCCUUAUCUUCUGAACAAGAGACAAAAGAUCUAUGGAAUCAACAAAUUUACUGAGAGUGAGGGCCGGAGUUUCUGGGUUUUUGUUUGGGAAGCUCUCCAAGACAUGACUCUCAUGAUCCUUGGAGUAUGUGCUCUUGUGUCUCUCAUAGUUGGCAUAGCAAUGGAAGGAUGGCCCCAUGGGGCCCACGAUGGUCUUGGAAUUGUUGCAAGUAUCUUACUGGUUGUCUUUGUGACAGCAACAAGUGAUUACCGCCAAUCAUUACAAUUCAAGGACUUGGACAAGGAGAAGAAGAAGAUUACCAUUCAGGUCAUAAGAAAUGGUUAUAGGCAGAAAAUGUCAAUAUAUGAUUUACUUCCUGGUGACAUUGUGCAUCUUGCUCUAGGAGACCAAGUCCCAGCAGAUGGCCUAUUUCUUUCAGGAUUUUCCGUGUUGAUUGAUGAGUCAAGUUUAACUGGAGAGAGUGAGCCUGUGAUGGUUAGCUCUGAAAAUCCAUUUCUUCUUUCAGGAACUAAGGUUAAAGAUGGCUCUUGCAAAAUGUUGGUUACCACAGUUGGGAUGAGGACUCAAUGGGGUAAGUUGAUGGCAACUCUCAGCGAAGGAGGAGAUGAUGAAACCCCAUUGCAGGUGAAGUUAAAUGGAGUGGCAACCAUUAUCGGGAAGAUAGGCCUGUUCUUUGCUGUAGUUACUUUUGCAGUUUUAGUGCAAGGUCUUUUGACCCGUAAGUUCCAAGAAGGAAGCCUCUUGACCUGGUCUGGAGAUGAUGCGUUGCGAACUUUGGAAUUCUUCGCUGUUGCUGUUACAAUAGUUGUUGUUGCUGUUCCAGAGGGGCUGCCAUUAGCUGUUACAUUGAGCCUUGCUUUUGCUAUGAAGAAGAUGAUGAAUGACAAAGCCCUUGUCCGAAACUUGGCAGCUUGUGAAACCAUGGGAUCAGCCACAACAAUAUGCAGUGACAAGACUGGAACAUUAACUACCAACCGCAUGACAGUUGUGAAAACAUGCAUUUUUAUGACUAGGAAGGAAGUGAGCAACGAUGCUUCUUCUACCUUACCUUCUGAUCUCCCUGAUUAUGCUAUGAAACUGCUGCUACAGUCAAUAUUCCUUAACACUGGAGGAGAUGUUGUGGUCAAUGAACAUGGAAAACGUGAGGUUUUAGGGACACCGACAGAUACUGCAAUAUUGGAGCUUGGGUUGUCUCUAGGUGGGGACUUUGAGGCAGAGAGAAAUGCAUGUAAGCUUGUUAAAGUUGAGCCAUUUAAUUCUGUAAAGAAAAGGAUGGGUGUAGUUGUGGAGCUUCCUGAGGGAGGAGGCUUUAGAGCCCACACUAAAGGAGCUUCUGAAAUAAUUCUGGCUGCCUGUGACAAGGUUAUCAAUUCCAAAGGUGAGGCUGUUCCACUUGAUGAAGAAUCCAGGAACCAUCUUAAGGUUACAAUAAACCAAUUUGCGAGUGAGGCACUUAGAACCCUAUGCAUUGCCUACAUGGACUUGGAAAACGGAUUCUCAGCUGAAGACCCCAUUCCAGUUUCUGGGUAUACUUGUAUUGGAGUUGUUGGUAUCAAGGAUCCCGUCCGUCCAGAUGUUAAAGAAUCAGUUGCAGUUUGUCGUUCAGCUGGUAUAACAGUAAGGAUGGUAACGGGUGAUAAUAUUGAUACUGCAAAGGCUAUCGCUAGAGAAUGCGGCAUUUUAACAGAUGAUGGUAUAGCCAUUGAAGGUCCAGAAUUUAGAGAGAAGAGUCAAGAGGAAUUGCUUAAACUGAUUCCAAAAAUUCAGGUUAUGGCUCGGUCUUCACCUAUGGACAAGCAUGCAUUGGUGAAACACCUCCGUACCACGUUUGGGGAAGUUGUGGCUGUGACUGGUGAUGGAACAAAUGAUGCCCCAGCGCUUCAUGAAGCUGACAUUGGACUUGCAAUGGGUAUUGCUGGAACUGAGGUUGCUAAAGAAAGUGCAGAUGUCAUCAUUUUGGAUGAUAAUUUUUCCACAAUCGUGACAGUGGCAAAAUGGGGACGUUCAGUUUACACAAACAUUCAGAAAUUUGUACAGUUCCAGCUGACUGUCAACGUUGUCGCAUUACUGGUGAACUUCACUUCAGCUUGCUGGACAGGAAGUGCGCCCCUCACUGCUGUACAACUACUGUGGGUGAACAUGAUAAUGGAUACACUGGGAGCACUGGCGCUUGCUACUGAACCUCCAAAUGAUGAAUUGAUGAAGCGGUCACCAGUAGGAAGGACGGGUAAUUUCAUUAGCAGCAUUAUGUGGAGGAACAUAUUAGGACAAUCAUUGUAUCAGAUUAUGAUAAUAUGGUUUCUUCAGACCAGUGGAAAAUUAUAUUUUAACCUCAAUGGCCCUGAUGCUGAUCUGAUCUUAAACACACUAAUUUUCAACGCAUUUGUCUUCUGUCAGGUUUUUAAUGAAAUAAGCUCACGUGAGAUGGAGAAAAUAAAUGUUUUCAGAGGCAUAUUGAAUAAUUAUGUUUUCGUGGGUGUCAUCAGUUGCACUGUUAUCUUUCAAAUCAUAAUCGUUGAGUUCUUGGGAACCUUUGCAAACACCACACCUCUCACUUUGCAGCAGUGGAUCUCAAGCAUAUUUGUCGGGCUUUUGGGCAUGCCAAUUGCAGCUGUCAUAAAGGUGCUCUCUGUCUGAAGCCCUUGCAUCGAUAAAUUCUUCCAAGCAGUGGUUCAAGGUCUAUUCUAGUGGCAGUGCUUUCAGGUCCUCAAUUGUUGUGUACAUUUGUACAUAGCUGUUUGGUAUUGCUUGAGGUUUUCUUGGUAUAUACUUCCUCCGGUCCUGUUUAUAAGACAUCUUUUGAGGGUAAUUUUUUCUUUAAAAUAUAAAACAUCUUGUAAUAAUUAAACUAUUUUUUUUAAUUUUAACCCUAUCUUGAUUAGCAAGAAGGUAUUUAAUGUAGUUAUAUUAUUAUUUAAAGUUAAAAGUAAAAAUAAAAAUACAUCAUACUUUUUUAUGAUAUUAAAAAAAAAACUAACUUUUUUAAAAUAUGUGAAAUGAUUAAAAGUAUUUUAUAAUAACGAUCGGAGGAAGUAUAUCUGUAAUUUGUGCUGGAACUGACUUGUAAUUAGCAACUGUAACUGACCGGCAAUUAGCAACUAUUAUCCCCUGUUAAGAUAUUUCGUUUUUUAUAGACUUCAUAUGAUGCUUUUAUUUAUUUAUCUGUAAUUUGUGCUGUAACUGACCGGCAAUUAGCAACUAUUGUUCCCUGUUAAGAUAUUUCGUUUUUUAAAGAUUUCA